UUGUCGGCUCCGGCUGCUCCUGACAGCUGGGGAGAGUCACAGGGAGACACAGGCUCGCAACGGCAUGAUCACCGGCACUAAGGGGAAAAAGCCAUAAGGAAGACGAAAGACCCUCUCCCUGGAGGGGAGCAUCAUGCAUUGGGAAGAAACAGGGCCUGCUGAGCCCUAUUGACAAAAGAAGCCUGCCCCCCAUUCCAGCCCGGGCAUCCUUGUACCCCAUCCCUGCACCCUGUGACCCCGGCCCCUGCUCUCUCUGCUGUUUUUACUGCACUGUUCACAGCACCUCAACCCUGCACACAGUCACCCCAUCCCUUGCAUCCCUUUUACUAGAUUCAGUCAUCAUCUCACCCUAACACUGCACCCAUUGCUAAUUUUGCACCCAUUGCACUUAACUAUCCCUGUUGUCUCUUGCUUCCAUUCACUCUACCCCCAUAGUCAGCAGGUACUUUGGGGUUAGUUUGCUCCCUCUUCUCUUUGAUCCAUGCACCCAUUGCUGGGGUCUCUACACACCCCAGGCUUGCCCUCUAAGCCCUUGGAUUGCACCCCUCACCCUUCUAGCAUCCUCGCAGCUUGCACCAGGUCACCGUACACCUUGGCACUGGUUCGCGGCGCCUUCUUCCCAUCCAGCCACCUGUGACUGCUCUCUCCACCACUCCUGUUCUCAUGGAUGGCAGCCAACCUCGGUGACACCUGACGGCCAGAACCUGACACCCGGGACCAUGGAUAGUGCCACCAUGAUGCAAGAGCGAAGCUUUCACAGCCCCUUCCUGGAGCUGGAGGACUUGACAGAGGCAGAUUUUAUGAGUAAUGUGCAUUUCUCGGAAGCUCUCGAUGAAUUCUCAAAUGACCUGUUUAGUAGUUUCUUUGAUGAUCCUCCUCUCCUGGAUCAGGAUUCCUUACUGGAUAUGGAGGUCGAAAGCCCUGCUCCACCCAUACAGGCCGAGCACAGCUACUCACUGAGUGAAGACUCAGCUCCUCAAAGUCCUGCCAUUACCAUCAAAGAAGAAGAUGAAGACAGUCCAGGAGAAACGGGAAGUGCAGUCUGGGCCUUGGAACAUGAACUCUGCUCUUUACUGGUGAAGCAGGAGCAGAAUCGUAUUCCACAAGUAGAGCCCAUACAUCCGAGUGUGCCUCUGGAGCAAGACCUCAGUACAGGGCUACUACCGGGUGAGGAGAACGUUUCCCAAAAUCCUAUAUCACAUAUAAAAGUAGAGCCAGGAAUUCCAAACCACUUGCUAAAUGUAACAUCAGAUGUUUUAGGGGUCAUGCCUCUAACUCCACCUAGUAGUCAUAGCAGUGACAGUGAUGGUUCUCAAAGUCCUCGCUCCCUUCCUCCACCAAGUCCAGCCCGUCCAGUGGCCCGGUCAUCUCAUGCUAUCUCCUCAUCACCGCUGCUCACUGCUCCUCAUAAACUCCAGGGCACGUCAGGACCUCUCAUGCUAACAGAGGAGGAGAAGCGCACCCUAGUAGCUGAGGGUUACCCAAUUCCUACCAAACUUCCUCUCACUAAAACAGAAGAGAAAGCCCUAAAGAGAGUGCGUCGGAAGAUUAAGAACAAGAUCUCAGCCCAGGAGAGUCGGAGGAAGAAAAAGGAAUAUGUGGAGUGUCUAGAAAAGAAGGUGGAAACCUUCACGUCACAGAACAGUGAGCUGUGGAAAAAGGUGGAGAAUCUAGAGAACGCCAACAGGUCUCUGCUGCAGCAGUUACAGAAGCUCCAGGCUUUAGUGACAGGAAAAGUGCCAAGACCCUGCAAACUUGCAGCAACCCAGACAGGAACUUGUCUUAUGGUUGUCGUAUUGUGCUUUAUUCUUGCCUUUGGUUCCAUGAUUCCAUCCUUCCCAGAGUUCUCUUCGGGGUCUCAGACAGUGAAAUCAGCCCCUCUAUUGGCACCUGACCUGUAUACCCUCAGCCAGAUCCGCUCCCGAAGCCUCUUGUCCUACGAUGAAGGAGCUGGAGUUUCAGCAGAGGAUGCCACCACAGCUUUGGGAGACCACAGAAAAUGGACCUCUGACGCAGCAUCUCUCAGCAACCAUCUCGAAAACAUGGCUCACGAAAGGGACAAGUACUUUGGACAGACAGAACGGAAGAACCAGACACAUGGAAGAUUCACAGAGCAGGAAGAGGGGGGCAGAAGUUCUGAGUUCUUGUAGAGUUGGGGCCAAAGGGAGAGGGAUCGAAAGCUGAGCACUAUACAUGGGUGGAGCAGGGAAAAAAAUUCUGGAAUCAGAGACUAAAACAUUAUGGUGAUCCCAGGACAAAAUCUCAACCCCCAACAGAUUUAGGCCUGCAAUGUAAUAUGUGCACAGACUUUGAUUGUGAACCCGAAGCUGACACAACUGCCCUUCUUGUGCCCGAGGCAAUGAGUGUGGAUGGAGAGACUGACUGCGGCUUCUUCUGUACACCAAAGGAGUAUGUGAAUGCUCAAUCUUCCAUCUUGCACUAUAAGAAAACCAAUUUUCCUCACUCGUAGAUAAGACUUUAUGGAAAGCAAACAGAAAACAGUCAAUAAUCCCCAUUUGUUGCCAGGAAAUGACUUUUUUUUAGCUGUCGACGACUCUAAAUAGUGCCCUGCUCUGCUCAUCAUCUUACCGGCCUGGACCCCUCUCCUUGGCCCCUGCGGCCCCUCUGUCCAUGUACAGAACACACCUGGAUCUCUGGAGAAGAUUGUUAGUUAACGCAAGCUUUGUAUGCACGGAUACAGAUUUAUAUGCUUCUUCUUCUCAUCUCAACUCUCUGCCUGCUUCAGUCAAGCAAAAUAAUAAAAACAAAAAACAAAAAAAAAAAACAAG